GGAGGAUAUAAGAAGCUGCGCAAUGACAACAGUAGACUAGAAACACAUUGUAGAAGAGCCACAUUCACCCUGCAGCGACUGUUUCCUCAUAUUAUUGCAUUUUUUUUUUAUUAAUCUGCCCUCGGGUCAGGAUGCCUUUCCUCGGACAGGACUGGAGGUCACCGGGUCAGAGUUGGGUUAAAACCGAAGAAGGCUGGAAAAAGACAACAGCAGACGAUAAAAACAACAACGUCUCCGUGCAGAGCUUCUGUAAAGUCGAGGAGGAGGAGUGUUUCAACAAGGAGAACCUGCUGCUCUCUCUCAGCUAUGACAUGGCUGCCAAGAAGAGGAAAAAAGACCUCAUGAACAACAACACCAAGGUCCCCUAUUUCCACCGGGAAAAGUGGAUUUAUGUUCAUAAAGGAAGCACCAAGGAGCGCCACGGAUAUUGUACGCUGGGAGAGGCCUUCAACCGCUUGGAUUUCUGCAGCGCCAUCAAGGACACGAGGAGAUUUAAUUACGUUGUCAGACUUCUGCAGCUUAUCGCCAAGUCCCAGCUCCCCUCGCUCAGCGGAGUGGCGCAGAAAAACUACAUGAAUAUUCUGGAGAGAAUAGUACAGAAAGUCCUCGAUGACCAGCAGAACGUCCGUCCCAUCAAGGAGCUGCUGCAGACUCUGUACAUCUCGCUGUGUGGUCUGGUUCAGGAUAUGGGCAAAUCGGUCCUGGUGGGGAACAUCAACACCUGGGUGCGCCGCAUGGAGAACAUCCUGCAGUAUCAGCAGCAGCUGGACAGCAUCCAGAUCAACAGGCCCACAUCUACAGGUAUGUCUCUGACCGACCUGCCCGCCAGUCUGCAGCUGAACAUCAUGGAGCGGCUGUCGGACGGCAGAGACCUGGUCAGUCUGGGCCAAGUGUGUCCUGAGCUGGGGAGCCUCACUGAGGACCGGCUGCUGUGGAAAAGACUCUGCCAGUACCACUUCACCGACAGACAGAUCCGUAAGCGCCUGAUGGUGUCAGAUAAAGGUCACCUGGAGUGGAAAAAAAUGUACUUUAAGCUGAGCCGCUGCUAUCCUCUCAGAGAGCAAUACAGUGACACCCUGCAUUUCUGCUCACACUGCCACAUCCUUUUCUGGAAGGACACAAACCAUCCCUGCACAGCCAACAACCCAGACAGCUGCACCACGUCCCUCUCACCUCAAGACUUUAUCAACCUUUUCAACUUCUGAUCCUACAAACACCCUGAAUCCAGACUGUACAUACUGUUACUGUACAUAGAAGUGUUCGAUAUUGUUUUUUUGUUUAAUGUCACAAUCAUUUCCUGGAUGUAUAUUUGGUUGCGGUAUGACUGGAGGGGCGGCGAGGCUCAGGCAGUGGGACAAUUAUGCAAUUGAGUUUCUUUUGAGUGAGCACUGAGGCUUGAGAGCGAGCGAAUGUGACGGAGAGCAAAAGUGAUGUUGGAGCAAUUGGCCUGUGGACGGAGGACAAAGGGAAUGCUCGGCUGUUGGAGUUUAGUCUUAGUUUAAUGUGUUUUUUUUAAAUUACACCUCUAAAGUAAACACACCACUUUACCUUAGAUUUGUGCACUUAUUCUUUUCCCAGUUUGGACAUUUUUUGUGUUUUUUUUUUUUGUUGUUGUUUUAAGUUUGCUUUUUCAAACCUUGUUUUUAUUCAUUUGAACAUGGGAAGUAAGUAAGUGAUAGAUUUAUUUAAAAUCAGGAUUUUUUCAGUGAGAUAUUACAAGGCCUGCUCACAUGCAGUGUGUUUAAUGUUCAGAUGUUGUCUGCGAUAUUGUCGUAUUUGGCUCUGGGAUAAGGGAAAAGUACAUGUUGAGUUGAUGCAGUAUCCAAGAGGAAACGAAUGUAAACAAGAGUUGGGAGUUACUCGUUAGACUGAGGGAUGAUUCUAUGUUGACACACCACAAUAUCUUUUCUAUUUUGUUUUGUUCUUUUUCACUUUUAUAUGGAUUUGAUAUGUUUUUCUAUGGUUUAUUUUUUGCUGUGGCUGCUAUAGAGGACAGCACCUGAGUGCAGUAUUACCAAAGAUUGUAAUCAAAAUCAGUAUAACAAUGGUGUGUGCCUUAUCAUGAAACUUGAAACAGUACAGGUACAACUUAUGUUGCGUUUGCAAUGCUUUCGGAUACUGAUGCCGUUUUUUUCUGUCUUAUCGUCAACAAGUGUCUCAAGAUCUGAGGCUCUGAUACCAAAGUCGACUGUUUAAAAUAUCUUAUUUUCCGAUAGCCUCCUGCAUGAUUUUUUUAAAAGUCACCCAGCUGAUUGUGUUUACUUAUUUAUUUAAUGAGAUUUUGGCAAGUGGCUCGACUUGCACACUUGGGUUUGAAGGAGUGGAGGUUAUUAGCGUAAAGGUACAGUUUGACCCAGACUUGCCUCGAUCACUGCUCAGACAGUGAGGAAUCAUGUACAUGCUAUGCAAUGCAUUCUGUUUAUGUUCUGUUGAAUAAAUAAAACAAAGUAAACCAAA